GUGGAAAUAGGGGAAGGGGUCAGAUUUAUCCUGAUGGUAGCAAAAGUAACAAUACAGUUUAUAAUGCUACGGCAGGAGGGAUAAUAAGCAAAAUUUUACGAAAAGAAAAAGGGGGAUACGAAAAAACCAUAGUGGAUGCAUCGAAUGAACGCCAAGUAAUUGAUAUUAUCCCUCGAGGCCUAGAACUUCUUGUUUCAGAGGGCGAAUCCAUUAAACUCGAUCAACCAUUAACGAGUAAUCCUAAUGUGGGUGGAUUUGGUCAAGGGGAUGCGGAAAUA